AUGCGUAGUUUUGUGAUUCUUUCCCUGGCGUUGGCAGUUGCCUUCGCAGCUGAGGAGCAAGUGAGCACAACUGUACGGCCACUCAGUCGUGCCACAGCUUCCGCAUCCGUGACCACAUUGAACCCAUACAACAGAUUCUACUCUAACCGCUACAACCCUACACCAUUAGUUGGUCGCUACGAACCGGGUCGUUACAACGCUGGCAGCUACAAUGCCGGUAGCUACAACUCUGGCAAAUACAACGACAACUCUGGACGUUAUGUGCCUGACAACUCUGGAAACUACAAUGGCGACCGUGGUGACCGCGGAAACGCUGGCGGAUUUUACGUCCCAGACUCAAACAACAACAAACCAUUGAACUUUGAACAAGUAAAGAAACCUAAUGUCGUAAUUAUCAGCACCAACGAAGCUCUCCCUACACCAGCCAGCCCCGUCAUAACAGCCGUCCCAGUCACAGCUGUUCCAGUCACAACAGCCGUCCCAGUCACAACAGCUGUGCCCGUCACAGCCGUCCCAGUCACCACCCCAGUCCCCGUCACCGAAGUCCCCGCUACGGCCGCCCCAGCCGCCCCAGCCAACCUCGGUACCUACUACAUUUCCUUGAACGACAAACCCCAGUACGUCUCACCCACACGUGUGGUUCCAGUAGCCCCAGUCGUUCCCAAGGUUGUUGUCCCCAACACCUACGAAUACAACUACGGUAUCGUCCGCCAAGAAGCUGAUGUCCUCCCCGACGGUUACCACUACCUGUACGAGACAGAGAACAAAAUCCUCGCUGAAGAGGCUGGACGCAUUGAGAAGACCAACGACUUCGAGGGUAUGAAGACAAAGGGAUUCUUCCAAUACCUCGGCCCAGACGGUGUCACCUACAGAGUCGACUACACAGCUGAUGAAAACGGAUUCGUACCCGUUGGCGCUCAUUUGCCUCAGUAA